AUGGCUCAUACAUACAACGUGACUGAAUUCAUCUUCCUGGGACUGUCUCACAGUCAGGAGGUGCAGAGAGUUUGCUUUGUGAUUUUUCUGCUCUUGUACAUGGCGAUCGUGCUGGGGAACUUCCUCAUUGUGCUCACUGUCAUGACCAGCAGAAGUCUGGGAUCCCCCAUGUACUUCUUCCUCAGCUACCUGUCCUUUGUGGAGAUCUGCUACUCCUCUACUACAGUCCCCAAACUCCUCUCAGAUCAGCUGGCUGAAAGGAAAACCAUAUCUUGGUGGGGCUGCAUGACACAGCUUUUCUUCAUGCACUUCUUUGGGGGCACUGAGAUUUUCCUGCUCACGGUGAUGGCCUAUGACCGCUAUGUGGCCAUCUGUAAGCCCCUCAACUACACCACCAUCAUGAACCAGCAGGUGUGUAUGGUCCUGGUGGGAAUGGCAUGGGUGGGAGGCUUCAUGCAUUCCUUUGCCCAGAUCCUUCUCGUCUUCCAACUGCCCUUCUGUGGCCCCAAUGUGAUUGACCACUAUUUCUGUGAUGUCCUUCCCUUGCUCCAACUGGCCUGCUCAGAUACUUUCCUCAUUGGUCUGCUGAUUGUAGCUAAUGGGGGGACCUUGUCUGUGACCAGCUUUGUUAUCCUCUUGGUGUCCUAUGUGGUCAUUCUACUUCAUCUGAGGACUCGGAGUUCUGAGGGUAGACGCAAAGCCCUCUCCACCUGUGGGUCCCACAUCACUGUGGUUAUGUUGUUCUUUGUACCCUGUGUCUUCAUCUAUCUGAGGCCUUCUACCACUCUGCCUAUCGACAAGAUGGUAGCUGUGUUCUACACAGUGGUGACCCCACUCCUCAACCCUGUCAUCUACUCCCUGAGAAAUGCUGAAGUGAAGAAGGCCAUGAAGAAGCUGUGGAUCAGGAUAGAGGCGGACUCUUGGUACUGUUCUUGGGUUUGGAAUGAUGCUCAGUCCAAACUCAAGGGGCACAAUGGGUAG